CUUUAAACUUCAGUUUCGACGAUAAAUAUGGGUGAGUCGGUUUUUGGGUUGUUUUGUUCACCCCUACAUGCAGGGGAAGCAACGCCCUUCCUCCGUCCAACUCAGAGACGAUUUUGAGCCCCUCUUCCAACAUUGCGGCCACCUUCGGAGCCUUGACCUCUCCAAUUUCUACUACUGGACCGAGGACCUACCUCCGGUUCUGCAGCGACAUCCCAUCGUCUCCAAUUCCCUCACGCACUUGAAUCUCCUCACGGUCUCGCUCAGCAAUGGGUUCAAGGGCGGAGGAUAUAGUCUUCAUCCCGGCUGCUUGCGACAAUCUGAUCGAGUUUUUUGCUCACGAUCUCGCUCGGAUUGGGUUUGUAUUUUUAUUAGGUAUAAUUUUCUGGUGGGUUCAGUUUGGUUUGGUUGGUAUAAUUAGUUUGCUUUGUUGAUUUUUUUUAUUAUUAUUUGUCGAUGACAUGACAUCUUGACUGAAGUAAACUAACGGACUUUUGGAUGGAUAUGGACAUAAUUAUCUUUUUGUUAUUAAUCCAAACAUAUAUUACUGAAACGUGUAGAAUUAAAAGUUUGUUAUCGUUUUGUACAAAAUGAAUAGUUUUGUGAUGAUAAUUAGCCCUGUACUAGUCUACUAGUCGUCUUAUUUUCACUAAUGGCACAUACAAAAGUUUAUACGGCAAGUGGCCUAAGUGGGUCUUGAUAUGGUUUCUAAUGGAGAUGAUCUUAUGUACUUGGAUCGUGUUCAUUGAUUUCAAAUACCCAGCGACGAGAUCGAGGGCUUUCCCUCCCUCCACCAUCAACACCAAGUCAAGAAGAUUCCACAGACUUUCCCCUUCCCAUCCUCACAAAGAACCCCCCUUCUUUUGUUGAUUUUCUCCCAGGAUAAACAAAGGAUUCUUUACUUCUGCAAGUUGUUAUCACUUGUCAUCUUUGAGUGUUUGUUUCCCUUCAAAAUUCUCUUUUUGGGGUAUUGGUUUCUGACCUAACCCCACGGAAUUCCUCAAAAGUCAAGAACCUCUUAUUGCUUUCAAGCGGUACUUUCGUUAAUGCGCAGAUAAUAAUUAAUAUUAUCCUUUAUCUUCAUCCACCACCUUGCCACCUCCCACCUAUAGGCGCUCAGCUACAGGUUGGAGGGCUCCUUCGUGGUUCUUUUUGUUCAAAAUGGGAAAAAGUUAAAAGCUUGGCUGAAGAAUUUCUGUCUGUUUUUCUGGUUCUGUUUCCAAUUAAAGCCUGAUUUGGAGCGGGUUUGGCAAUGCUAGGGUUAGUCUUUGUUAGACUAGAAGAUAACUGGUGAAUUGGAAAUCAGUUGCUGCCGAAGAAAGAGGAGAGAUGGUGGUGAGGAAAGUUGGGAAGUAUGAGGUCGGGAGGACAAUUGGGGAAGGAACUUUUGCUAAAGUGAAGUUUGCUCAGAACACAGAGACUGGUGAGAGUGUCGCCAUGAAAGUGCUGGAUCGCAGCACCAUCAUCAAGCACAAGAUGGUCGAUCAGAUCAAGAGAGAGAUAUCUAUAAUGAAACUUGUCAGGCAUCCGAAUGUAGUUCGGCUACAUGAGGUUUUAGCAAGCCGUACGAAGAUCUACAUAAUCUUGGAGUUCAUUACAGGUGGUGAAUUGUUUGAUAAAAUAGUGCAUCAUGGGAGAUUGAGUGAGGCUGAAGCUAGGAGAUACUUUCAGCAGCUUAUCGAUGGUGUGGAUUAUUGCCACAGUCAAGGGGUUUAUCACAGAGAUUUAAAGCCUGAAAAUCUGCUGCUUGAUUCACAAGGAAAUUUAAAGAUAUCUGAUUUUGGUCUGAGUGCUCUUCCCCCAGAAGGUGUUACAUUGCUGCGAACAACUUGUGGAACUCCUAAUUAUGUGGCACCUGAGGUACUUAGCCACAAGGGUAAGGGUUACAAUGGAGCUGUGGCUGAUGUGUGGUCCUGUGGCGUCAUCCUUUAUGUUCUCAUAACUGGAUAUCUUCCUUUUGAUGAACUUGACCUCACCACGUUAUAUAGUAAGAUUGACAACGCAGAGUUCUCAUGCCCUUCUUGGUUUCCAGUGGCCGCGAAGUCAUUGAUCCACAGAAUUUUGGACCCAAAUCCUCAAACCCGAAUUACCAUCGAACAGAUAAGGGAUGAUGAGUGGUUUAAGAAAAACUAUGACCCGGUAAGACUACCUGAACAUGAAGACGUGAACUUGGAUGAUAUAAAUGCAGCCUUUGAUGAUCCCGAGGAGCAAAGUACAGUUGAAGAAGGUGGAAGUGAGGACUUGGGUCCUCUGAUUCUUAAUGCCUUUGACUUGAUCAUUUUAUCACAAGGAUUAAACCUCGGCACCCUAUUUGACCGGGGUCAGGACUCUGUGAAGUAUCAAACAAGGUUUGUUUCUCGCAAGCCAGCAAAGGUUGUAUUGUCAACAAUGGAAGUGGUUGCUCAAUCAAUGAGUUUUAAAACACAUAUCCGCAAUUACAAGAUGAGAGUGGAAGGUCUUUCAGCUAACAAGACUGCUCAUUUCUCAGUAAUCUUAGAAGUAUUUGAAGUUGCUCCCACGUUCUUCAUGGUUGAUGCACAGAGAGCAGCCGGUGAUGUCAGUGAGUACCUCAAGUUUUACAAGAACUUCUGUGGCAAUCUUGAAGAUAUCAUCUGGAAACCACCCAUUGAAUCAGGCAGACAUAAGAUCACCAAGACUAAGAGCAAGAGGCGUUGACUUUUUGUUACUCCCAUUCAAUCUCUACCCGCAUAGACUGUUUUACGUCUCAUCCCACAUGAACCCUAAUCUCCAUGCCUGAAUCUAACAGUGCCCCCUUUCCCGACGAGGAGAAAAUGAAUUGAACAGAAGGCAUAGAACACCAAACUUUUAGCCUUCGGAGAUUAUGUGAGAUAGGCUGGAUCUCUUGAAUCAAUGACUUAAUAUCUUGUAGUUUGCUUGCCUGUUGUAAGUUUGCCAUUUAAUAUGUUUCUUUUGAUGCAUGCCAUGCAAUUUUAUUGCUGCUUAGUAAAGAAGAGCCAGAGAACUCUCCACGCAAGACGAUCUUAAUGAAACUGUGGCAGGCUC